AUGGCUCCUCCAAUUGAGACUCCCGAUAAACUUAAUUUCUCUCGUCAAUCCGCACAUCCACCUCUUAAUGAAAGGAUACUUUCAUCAAUGACUAGGAGGUCUGUUGCUGCACAUCCUUGGCAUGAUCUGGAGAUCGGACCUGAAGCUCCAAAGAUAUUCAACUGUGUGGUUGAAAUAGGGAAAGGCGGCAAGGUGAAAUAUGAACUUGACAAAAAAACUGGAUUGAUUAAGGUCGACCGUGUGCUUUACUCUUCAGUUGUGUAUCCCCACAACUAUGGUUUCAUCCCCCGCACCCUUUGUGAGGACAAUGAUCCCAUGGACGUCUUGAUUAUCAUGCAGGAACCAGUUCUUUCAGGAUGCUUUCUUCGUGCUAAAGCUAUAGGACUUAUGCCAAUGAUUGAUCAGGGUGAGAAAGAUGACAAGAUAAUUGCAGUUUGUGCUGAUGAUCCUGAAUACCGCCACUACAAUGAUAUAAAGGAACUACCACCACAUCGUUUAGCUGAGAUCCGUCGCUUCUUUGAAGAUUACAAGAAAAAUGAGAACAAGGAGGUUGCUGUUAACGACUUUCUUCCGGCUUCUGAUGCCUAUGAGGCAAUUCAGCAUUCAAUGAAUCUUUAUGCGGACUACAUAGUGGAGAGCCUAAGGAGAUAG